ACUAUUACAAGCACUUGGACUGGUACUGUCACCGAGAGCACCACAGUUACUGCUUCAGGAGGUGGAACAAACACUGUGAUUAUCGAGGUUCCUACUCCAACUACCACUGUAACAUCAACCUGGAGUGGAUCUGGCACAGACACAAAAACAGCAAUUGCAUCAAAAGGUGGAACUAACACUGUGAUUGUCGAGGUUCCUACUCCAACUACUACUAUUACAAGCACUUGGACUGGCACUGUCACCGAGAGCACUACAAUUACUGCUUCAGAAGGAGGUACAGCUACAGUUAUAAUUGAGGCUCCUACUCCUACUAGUACUGUUACUAGCACUUGGGCUGGUACCGAUAUUGAAACUACUACGGUUACCGCCUCAGAAGGUGGGACAAACACUGUGAUUGUUGUCGUUCCUACACCAACGACUACUAUUACUAGUACCUGGACUGGUACUGACAGCGAGACCAAAACGGUUACUGCUUCAGAAGGUGGAACUGUCACCAUCAUUCUUGAGGUUCCAUCUCCAACGGUGACAAUUGUUUCCACUUGGACAGGAUCUGUAGUGACUUCAAUAACUGAAACAGCAUCUGUUGGAGGAACUGCAACAGUCGUCUUAGAGGUACCCACGCCUACUGAAUAUGUCACCUCAACCUGGACUGGUUCAAAAACUCAAUCCACGACGAUAACUGCCUCAGAGGGAGGUUCAGCUACUGUUAUAAUUAAGGUUCCUACACCUACUACGACCGUUACUUCCACUUGGACUGGUAAUGGUAUUGAAUCAACUACUGUUUUUGCGUCAAAAGAUGGUACUGCUACAAUUAUUAUUGAAGUUCCAACUCCGACCAGUACUACUACUUCCACUUGGUCAGGAUCAAGCACCGAUUAUUUGACAUUUACUGCUUCGGAAGGAGGAACUGGUACAGUCAUUGUCGAAGUUCCAACUCCAAGUACAUAUAUCACAUCUACUUGGAGUGGAGAUUAUUCAACUACGAUCGUGGGAACAGCAUCUCUAGGAGGUGAUCAAACUAUAAUUGUUCUAGUCCCUACUCCUACCACUACUAUAACUUCUACUUGGACUGGUUCUCAAGCCGAUACCAAUAUAGUAACAGCUUCAGAGGGUGGUACUGCAACUUUAAUUUUUGACGUACCUACUCCAACUGAAACUUUCAUUUCGACCUGGAGUGGCACUAAUACGGAGAAUACCACUAUCACUGCCUCGAAAGGUGGCACUGCCACUGUAAUCAUUGGUGUACCUACACCCACUGUUACUGUCAUUUCCACAUGGACAGGAUCAUAUAUCUCUUCCACAACAGUUUCAGCAAGUACUGGAGGUACGGCCACCGUUAUAGUUGAAGUUCCAAUGCCAACCACGAUGAUAACAUCAACUUGGAAUGAAUCUUAUACCAAGGCCACCACGGUUACUACUUCCGAAGUCGGUACUGCUAUUGUCAUAGUCGAAGUUCCUACUCCUACUACCACUAUUGCUAGUACCUGGAGCGGUGCCGAUAUCCAGACAGCUACGCUUACCGCCCCAGAAGGAGCUACAGCUACUGUUAUAAUCGAAGUUCCUACGCCUACGAGUACUACCACUAGAACCUGGACAGGUACUUAUACCGAGACAACUACGACUAGUGCCUCACAAGACGGUACUGCCACAGUUAUUAUCGAAGUUCCUACCCCUACAACAACUAUUACCACCUUAUGGACUGGUCGUGAAACUGAGAUCACCACAGUGACUGCUUCUGAAGGUGGUAUUGCUACUGUCAUUAUCGAAGCUCCUACUCAUACUAGUACAGUAACAAGAGCUUGGAGUGGCAAUGAUGAUGAGACAGCCACGAUUAUUUAUUCUGAACGUAUAACGGCUAAUGUCACCAUCGAAGUUCCUACUACUACGAUUAUGGUCUCUAAAGCUUGGACAAGAGCUGAUAGUGAGGCCACUGCUGUCUCCAAAGGGAGUACUUCGACUGUAAUCGUCGAAGUUCCUUAUACAACGAGUACUCAAGCAUCCAAUUCUAACGAAUACUUAACCAUCUCUAAGGAUUCACAGCAAACGAUCGUGAGCUCUAAAAUAAUGGACUCUAUCGUAACCAAAUCUCAGAAUACAACAUUUUUUGUUUCUAGUACUUCAACUUCCAAUGCAGAAUCUACAGACAUCGCCCUGUCUCUGAAAAUGGAUCAUUUCACAACAUCAGAAAUUGACUCAGCAUAUGUGAGCGACUCACCAGAAGAAUCUACUUUUACAGAGAAGGUCAAUUCUUCUAUUUUCAAACCAGUUCAAACCCUGGUGAACUCGACAUCUGUUGACUCUAGUAGAGCCGAAUCCAAGAGUAGAAUAUAUAUCGUUUCCAAAAUCCACAUUUCAACAGGCAUUGACUCAAUAUACCCGGAAUCAUUUUCGAUUGAUGCCACUGCUUAUACAAUUCCCAGCGAAUCUGCUGAAACAACUCCAUAUGCAACCAUCGUAGGUCCAAAUGAAGUUGAUUCUAUACACAGAGGGAACUCUGUGACAACUAAUAAAGUCAGUCAGGUGGCCAUUAGUACCAGUCAUGCGGAGUCCACUUUAUCCGACUCUCAUAGUGGAGCAGUGCCCAUACCUUCGAAGACUUCUUUUGUAACAGACAGUGUAUCUCCAGACACAUCUGCAUUAAAAACUUUGCAUGAAAUAGAGUCUUUUACAGUGACUAAGACAGCCGAAAGAUCAACAACCACAUGGAACACUACUGUAUCUUUCAAUGAUAUGAAGGUCACAGGUCUUCCUGACUCGGUGGUAACUGAGGAGCCACCAAGAAGUGAAAAUGAAUACAGCAGCAUGGCAACAGAAACGCUUCUUAGCAUUCACAGGAAAGUUUCUACAAGUUUUGGUUCAUUAAGAGAAACUAUCAUUACUUCCAUUCCUUCUUCAGCAGCCCUAUAUUCAGAAAAAUAUCCGAGUAUCUCCUCUGGGGUUUCUUUCUCAGUGAAAGAAUCUUAUUUAGAGGUAAAUAAUUCAGCAUUAUCAAGUGAUAACUGUCUCAUAUCUGGUACUGAACAGACGUGUACCAUUAACGAUAGUAACAGCCACACUACUCAAACUGACCCAGUUUCAGUAUCAUCAGUUGAAACUAUUCACGGACCGUAUUUUCCAAACAUUACCACAAAGAGCUAUUUUGCGUUAGACUCAACGUUUAGAACUUCGAUUCCUCAAGCUUCACAAGAUCCCGCACCGUCAACUACACUAAUUUCCUCUAGUUUUGAAUUAGGCUUUUACAGAUCAUCAGCUAACAUUGAUAUUAACCACCCUAGAUUAAGUACCACUCUUGGGUCCACCUCAACUUCAAGCAGGUCAGUUGAUUCAGAUAGUUCAGAGCAUAGCUACAUAUCCAUGACUCGAAUUAGCAAUAACAUCUUAAAUUCAAAUCCAUCUACUGAAUUUCCACAACCGGUCACCACAAAUAGCAUACUGAUAGACAACAGCGACCCUUCUUCUGAUGCAGUUAAUGGUGAAGAAAAUUUUUCAUUUUCCAGUACGAUAAUGAACCUGAAUUCCAUCAAAUCGAUUACGAUAUCAUCCUCAGAUCCUCCAGUGGAAGUAUCUAGUAAUCUGUUGAACAAAUCUGUCUCUCUAGUGCAAAGCGAAGCUAGUACCACCCAAGUGGACCCAAAAACCACCACUUCUAGGGCGAAAUUUGCGAAAAGCUUAACUUCACUAGAUCCAAUUGCAGUUACUGCGCCAGUAUCUCCAGAUAAUGAAACUAAAGGGGUAGCUAUAAUCGAAAUUUCAUCAAAUGGUCAUAAUAUCUCUCAAUAUACCACCGAAAGUGACAGUGUUUCCAGUUCUCCAACCAAAGUCAGUGUGACAUUCAGUAAAUCUAAAUUGCAAACAGUGGAUCUGUCCACGAUUACUCCAUAUUCAUCUGAUACACUGGAAAACGCAUUAAGCACAAGCAGUGCAAAGAUAUCAGCUUCAUCCUUGCAGGAAACAUCUGACUCUUCAGUCAGUAGUUAUGUGGAUCCGCUUUCACUGCUGGAAUCUGUACCAACCAUGAGAAUUCUCAGUUCUGCGUACAGUAACAAGCCCAAUUUCGGGCCCUUACCUAUACCAUACAAUCUGGAGUCUUCGCAAAAUGCAUCUAACACAGCAGUCAGUACUUAUAUGGAUUCGCCAUCACAACUGGAUUCUGUACCAACCAUUCCACCAUCACUUUCUAAUUACAAGCCAAAUUACAAGCCUUUACCCACGCUAAACAAUCUGGAGUCUUUGCAACAUGCAUCUGACGCAACAAUCAGUACUUAUCUGGAUCUGCCAUCACAACUGGAAUCUGCACCAAUAAUAAUACCAUCGCCACAAUCUAAUCACAAACCAUUGACUACACCCGUAACUCUGGAGUCUUCGCAAAGCUUAUCUGAUCUAGAAAUUAGUACUGACUUGGAUCCGCCAUCACAAUUGGAGUCUGUACCAAGCAAACCAGCGUCACAAUCAAAUUACAAGCCAUUGAAUAAAUCCGUAACUCUGGAGUCUUCGCAAAGCUUAUCUGAUCUAGCAAUCACUGAUUUGGAUCCGCCAUCACAACUGGAAGCUGUACCAACCAAACCGUCACCACAAUCAAAUUACGAGCCAUUGACUACACCAGUCUUACAAAGCUUCUCCGAUCUAACAAUCAGCACCUAUGUAGAUCCGCCAUCACAGCUGGAUUCUGUACCAACCAAACCGCCAUCACUUUCUAAUCAUGCGCCAAAUUACAAGCCUUUACCCACGCUGGACAGUCUGGAGUCUUUGCAAAAUGCACCUGACGCAGCAAUCACUGAUUUGAAUCCGCCAUCACAACUGGAAGCUGUACCAACCAAACCGUCAUCACAAUCAAAUUACGAGCCAUUGACUACACCCUUAAAUCUGGAGUCUCUGCAAAAUGCACCUGACGCAGCAAUCAGUACUGAUUUGGAUCUGCCAUCACAACUGGAAUCUACGCCCAUAAAUCUGGAACCAUCGCCAAUAUCACUUACCUUCAAUGGCUCUGUAUCAUAUUCAGGUUCUCCAAUCAACAUAAAUGCAACCACCUUGCAACAUGCAGGAUCUUCAAUUAAUAGAAAGGCAACUAUCUCUCAAGCAUUCCCAUCUACUCAAAGGACUACAACUUCAUCUCCUAAACCAGUGACACUGGCCACUCAAGAGAUGCAUUCAUCUACGGUGUCUACAACCGAAAAUUUCCAAACCGCGUCGUUUACUUCUAAGACAUUGAGUUCAAGAACGGUCUCCUAUUCAUCAGCAGGCUAUUCUUCCCUUGCGCACCCCAAAUCAAUUGCAGCAGCACCAUUUUACGCAGGUGGAAAUUCUGACAGACAAAGUCCUAAGCUAAUCUUAUACGUUGGUUUCCUUUUCACUCUUCUCAUAUAG